UUCUUUUCUAUCCUAUUAAGCUUGAACUAAAGCAUACGAAUGUGGUGGCGUUGUGACGCACAAUUUUCAAAACUAAGACAUUUUGGUGUUCCUUGCACUAGCGAAUAUGGACGAUUUUUAAUGCCGUCGGCCCUCGUACCGCGCCACCGCGCUACCCUACCCAGCUCCCCCCCUCUCAACGCUCUCGUUCCCCCUCCUCCUCCCCCUCACCGGAUGCCCUCGCCAUAUCUUUCGCUGGAUACAAGUCUCGCCCCGAUCCCGACUCCAGCUUUCCAUCUUUCCAUGGUAUUCCGGUAGCCAUUCGGACUGCUGCGAAAUGGGAUGUCGCCAGAACCAAUCAAGCCCGCAUCCGGUCGUCGCACUGUCUGUGAUCAUUGUCGUAGACGGCGUAAGUCAAUCCUCCCCCCACUAGCUGGCUGGAACUGGCACAUGUCAGCACCGAGCCCGACUACCGACAACUGCCCGCUGACCUCUGUCUUCACGAAUAUAGGCAUACGAUGUGACGGAGAAUUCCCAUGCAAUCAAUGCAACCAUGCUUCGUU